AUGUCCCUCGACGCUGACGCCGCCCAACCCGUUCCCGACGUUCAUUCCAUGCUUGCCACCACCGAGGAUGACGAUGCGGACACAGCUUCCCAACGCUCCAUUUCCCUUUCAUCACCCGCGGUCUCGCCACGGAAUUCACUUUCGAAUCGAGCAUCGCAUCCAUAUACGCUCGACACCGACCUCAGCUCUGAGCCGGAUGACGCGAGCAUGUAUACCCAUGACGUCCCAUUAGAGAGCCCCAACACGUCGGUUGCACCGUCAGUCAUUGACGAGCCAAAGGACGUUCCAACAUACCCGCCUUCCCCGCCGCGUGACGAUACCGCCUCAAUAGCAUCUGUGGCCUCGGGCUCGUCGCGAAAGGCUAGGCCGGAGUCGAUGAUCGUUCUCCCCAGCGACAUUCCUCUCAUUCUUGGUAUUGCUCUAGUCGAUUUCAACCACAUUGUCGGUCCGAAAAUAGAGUGGUCAAAGGGCGAGAUACUCGACGACGACGAGGUGUCCAAGAUUCUUCCCUUCCUGGCUCUUCCAGACGGAGCCCACCUGAGCGCUGAGGACUACUCAUACUUCCACCUCGUUCCCAGUGGUCCCAAGCCGACAACCAUCUUUGGCAUCUCAUGCAACCAACAAAUCGCCUCGUCAGCGCUGCUUGCCAAGAUGCCCGAUGUGACACGCUCGACAGUCCAGAAGGCCGUUGUCGUUCUCGCCUCCAAACCCAUUUUCGGGCCCAUACGCGACAAACUGGGCGUGGUUACGACCGCGUUGUUCAAUCAACGAGACUUUAGCGACCUCGGAAUUCUAGAUGACUUCGCUAACUCGCUCGAGGGGUCCGUCCGCAGCCAGCUCACGGAGAGCGGGCUCUACAUUGGCACCAACCUCCGCGAACUCGUCCACACUUUCCGACAACGAACUCUUGUUUUGGUUAAGGCACUCAUGCUGCAAAGAAGGAUUAUGUUUUACGGACACCCAGUCGAGCGGUUAUGUACCUACCAAUAUUCCUUGGUGUCGCUCCUUCCGGGACUUCUCCAAACCCUUGAUGACUGUGGCUCUCCCCCGCUCGCUGCCCGUGCGCCAACACUGUCGCAGCCCACAACACUGCGAACGUCCGACCGCAAGAGUAUGAUGGCGUAUACAGGUCUUCCGCUAGACAUAUUUGGCAAGGACGCUUUUUUCCAGCCUUAUCUGCCGCUUCAACAGCUCGAUGUCGCCGCGGAGACCAAGAGCUGGCUGUGCGGGAGUACCAACUCGAUUGUUACGCAGCGGAAAGAGAUUGAGCUGUUUGUCCAUACGGAAACGGGCAAUCUCGAGUUCAGGGAUCCGAAGCUCGAGCGGCUCAUCGCACUGACGCCAGCAGACCGCAAGUGGAUGGACGACAUAGUGAAGGAUGUGAAUGAGGGCUGGAACGACGAAGAGGGUCGGCCAUUAAACAUGACUAGAUUCAAGGGCAGCGACGACUAUCUCCGAACCAAAUUCGAGGAAUACAUUUCAGCCGCGUUGUCCACCGUGCGGUACCGGGACUUCGUCGCCAAGGGACAAGGAAAUGGCGUGUUGAGCGGAACAGGAAACGACGCAAACUCUGCAGAAGACUUCAAUCCGUUGUGGAUUUCUGAGUUCAAACAUACGAACGCAUACGAAGUUUUUGAGCGGACGACCGACCCAUGUCUUUUCGACAUUGUGGAACCGCGUCAUCCUUGUAACGAGAAACCCUCAGUCGUGGCGGAUAUUGGACUUCGUUUGUCGGAGGGCAUCCAGGAGUUGAAGAUUGAACAGCAAUUGGCACCUGCUCGCGAAGCCAUGGCCAGAACGAUUAGUGCUGGGUCCACAAACUUGUUCAACGCCUUCCAAGGGGUUAAGGAACGCUGGAACACCCAAAGGGAGUCGAUAUCUAUUGCCGCCAGUGAUGCUGUCAAACGAGCGAGCACGCCAAUUGAAACACCUCCUCCGGUCAAGAAGGAAGAUCUUCCGCCACAGACUGCUCGUCCGUUACUGCUAGCACGUUCGUCAACAAUUGAUAACAGCGGACCCACGCCAUCACCGCCACCAAAAUCUACUUGGGGCUCUUUUUUCUCUUCGAAACUAUCCAACUUUGGGAAACGAGACAGUGCGGAGAUGCCACCUCCAAUUGUGACCACUCCCCCGCCUAUCCCGGCCGAUAGCCCUCACGCAACUGCUCCGUCAUUCUUGGGCCGCUUUUCUCCCUCUGCCAUCGCUUCGCCAAGUGUCUUCCCUCCAACACCUUUAGAUCUUGCACCCAAGACUGCCAUGCCUAUCUCGUCAGCCACGUUGAAUGCGACACCGACGAAUACUUCACCGACCCAAAUGCGCUCGUUGUCAUUGCUGACACCGAAAGCUGCAGAGUCGCUGGUUGUGCCUCCUGCCACCAUCGCCAUUCCAGUACCACCGCCACCGGAGGAAGAAUCGACUUUUGUUGUCGCCGAGACUGUCCCCAUUGAGGAGCCAGUAGCGAAAAGUGGUAUUGAGAAAGAUGAGGAUGACGAGCCGACUGUUGCUGUGGUUUUAUGA